GCGAUCUGGUUGUUUAAAUGUGCAGUCGCGGGCCUAAACAUGCAACAGUACCAUUCUGUCGAUCAACAUGGAAGCCUCUAGGCACAUCUUGGCCAACUUGGCCGUGCUGGCGGUCCUGGCCGCCGUGGCCCGAGCGGCCCCCUUGGCUCCCUCCUCGCCUUGGUGCCCGCCGAUCACCGAGGGCUGCUGGACCUACUCGGAGAGUGACCUGACUCGCCACGAUCUACACAACACCCUCAGGAGGAAGGAUGGUGAAGCCCAUGCGCGGACCCUGGCCUACAUCAAGGUUCGAAACGGGUCGCGUGUAGUUGUGCACCCGGCGAGGGUGUGCAGCACCCCGUUCCUCCGGCAAGUCGAGGACAGCGUGGAGGGCGAGACCCUGCAGUGCCCGGUGUGCAUCCGGCUGCAGACCAUCGAGGUCCAGGACCCGGUGACCGGCGGCCUCGUCGUUCACCAGCACCGGCUGCGGUCCUGCGCUCGGAGCCGGAGGCACGACCACUGCGUCGACCGCACCGACCCCGUCUGGGACCAGGCGGUCCUCGUCGUGAACAACACGGCCAAGGGAACGCCUCACCUCUACCUCCACGUCUUGAGCACGACCUGCGUCGCGGAGAAGAAGAGGAACCACGAGAACGACGUCUGAAGUUUAAAGAAGACUUUUCUCAACCCUGCGGCAGUAUUUCACGCUCGUUGCCCAUAUGAUUACCAUGAAUGUUACGUUUUAUCAAUGAAAGGUUAAUUUUUUCGGACGAACUGAGGACGAAUGCUGGAGCGACGAGGCACUUUGCACACGUUCGCGAGUCACAAGACUUUAAAACUGUCACUUCAAUUCGUAGGGAAAUAUCAUUGUCCAAUGAUCUUGUACUUUGAAGACUGGCCAUUUCUUAAAUGCUGGUUGCCUAAACCACCAUCGUGUAUUGUUCCAAUUAUUUAUUUCUUAAUUUAUUUCUUAGUAUUUAGGUAUUUAUUAAUUUGUGCACAGGUGGAUUCGAAGCACCAACAGCAGGAGUGCAUCUCGAACCUGUCAAAAAGCCCAUCUACUGUGACGGACUUUUCCUCCUGAAACGAUGUCUUUUUUAACUCAAUGUAACCAGUGUACCAUUUUGAUUGAUAUUAUCAGUGCUCAAAUGAAAUGUGAUUAUGUGAAAUUGUUUUUAGAUUGUAUCUUUACGCAUUGAGAAUUUUGCAUU